GCUUCUUUGCGUUACUACUUGCACCGCCCCUUUCCCGGGUAUGGCGAGAGUCUGUUCGUCGCCGGGAUAUGAAGAAGAGGCAAUAUGGCGUCCACGGAAUCGGAGCACAAGAGACGGCGCCGCGAAGAAGCAGCAGAAGCGGCGGCAAAAGAAGAGGAAGGGUCUGAGGAGGAAGCGGGAAAGGAAGACGACGGAGACCGCUGGGUGGGCCCUUUACCUGGGGAGGCCGUGCAAGUGAAAAAGCGAAAAGUUCUUGAGUUUGAACAUGUCUACCUGGAUAAUCUUCCCAGUGCUUCAAUGUAUGAGCGCAGUUAUAUGCACAGAGAUGUCAUCACACAUGUAGUAUGUACUAAGACUGAUUUUGUAAUAACAGCCAGUCAUGAUGGACAUGUCAAAUUCUGGAAGAAAGUAGAAGAAGGGAUUGAAUUUGUUAAACAUUUUCGUAGCCAUUUAGGUGUUAUUGAGAGCAUUGCUGCUAGUUCAGAAGGGGCCUUAUUCUGCUCUGUUGGGGAUGAUAAAGCAAUGAAGGUUUUUGAUGUGGUGAACUUUGAUAUGAUCAACAUGCUGAAACUUGGCUACCACCCAGGACAGUGUGAAUGGAUAUACUGCCCUGGAGAUGCUAUAUCUUCAGUUGCAGCCUCUGAGAAGAGUAGUGGGAAAAUAUUCAUAUAUGAUGGUCGAGGAAAUAAUCAACCGCUUCACAUUUUUUAUAAGCUCCAUACAUGCCCUCUUACUCAGAUACGACUGAACUCUGUCUAUAAAGUCAUAGUAUCUUCUGACAAGUCUGGAAUGAUUGAAUACUGGACUGGGCCACCCCAUGAAUACAAAUUUCCCAAAAAUGUGAAUUGGGAAUAUAAAACAGACACUGAUUUAUAUGAAUUUGCUAAGUGUAAAGCAUACCUAACCAGUAUAUGUUUCUCCCCUGAAGGCCAAAAAAUGGCUACUAUUGGUUCAGACAGAAAAGUCCGAAUUUUCAGAUUCUUGACUGGGAAACUUAUGAGGGUCUUUGAUGAAUCUUUGAGUAUGUUUACUGAGCUGCAGCAAAUGAGACAACAGCUACCAGACAUGGAAUUUGGGCGGCGUAUGGCUGUGGAGCGGGAAUUGGAAAAAGUUGAUGCUGUAAGGUUAAUCAACAUCAUUUUUGAUGAAACUGGACACUUUGUGCUGUAUGGGACAAUGUUGGGAAUUAAGGUCAUAAAUGUGGAAACAAACCGAUGUGUUAGAAUCCUAGGCAAACAGGAAAACAUCAGGGUUAUGCAGCUAGCUCUGUUCCAGGGUGUAGCAAAGAAACACCGUGCUGCUGUUACAGCAGAGAUGAAAGCAUCUGAAAAUCCUGUUCUCCAGAAUAUCCAAGCAGAUCCAACAAUAAUCUGCACUGCCUUCAAAAAGAACAGAUUUUAUAUGUUUACCAAACGUGAACCAGAAGACACCAAGAGUGCAGAUUCUGACAGAGAUGUAUUUAAUGAGAAGCCAUCUAAAGAAGAGGUCAUGGCAGCCACUCAAGCUGAAGGACCCAAACGAGUUUCUGAUAGUGCCAUUAUCCACACAAGCAUGGGAGAUAUUCAUGUCAAGCUCUUCCCUGUUGAGUGCCCCAAAACAGUGGAAAACUUCUGCGUACAUAGCAGGAAUGGUUACUACAAUGGCCACACCUUUCACCGCAUCAUCAAGGGCUUCAUGAUUCAAACUGGAGAUCCUACUGGCACUGGAAUGGGAGGUGAAAGUAUCUGGGGAGGAGAAUUUGAGGAUGAGUUCCACUCAACUUUACGACAUGACAGGCCCUACACACUCAGUAUGGCUAAUGCAGGACCAAAUACCAAUGGCUCACAGUUUUUCAUAACAGUAGUACCAACUCCAUGGCUGGACAACAAGCACAGUGUGUUUGGAAGAGUAUCUAAAGGAAUGGAAGUCGUUCAGAGAAUUUCAAAUGUGAAAGUCAAUCCAAAAACUGACAAACCCUAUGAAGAUGUCAGCAUUAUUAAUAUCACAGUGAAAUGAAAUGGGUUUUUAAAGAAACCUCAUGGUAGAGGGACUUGAGCACAAUGCAUAUAGCAUCUUAAUAUUUCUGCUGUGGAAAGGCUGAUACCUGUUCUGAAACUUGUGUCUGAGGUGCUCUCAACUGUAUAUUUUUUUAAAAAAAGAUUUAUAUAUAAAAAAAUAAAAGUCAACCAUGUUAGAAAAAA